AGCUGGGGUUUCCGGGAAUGACUAGGGGAAUCUCAUCUCCCGCUUCGCUCUUCAGAGAGCAGUCCUUUCUUUGAGCUGGAGAGACCGGUGAGCGGAGCUGGGUCCAGAUUCUUAAGUCAGCAUGGGGAGGGGCUCUCAAGUGCUUCUGGGUUUGGGUUGAGCAAGCCUACACAGACGGGUGCAUAUGUACCAGCCGGCACUGUCAGCCUCCACCCCCUCUGUCUCAUCAGUGUGUUAAGUGCAAUGACCUAUUUAAGCUAAACCCAUUUCAUCUACACCAAGCCGGGGCUUAUCCAAGCACGGCCUCCCCGCCCCUCUGUCCAAGUUGCCUGGACUGUGGGCCCAACUUGAGAGGGAAGGCCUUGGGUGGAGGGCUUUUUGUGAUCAGGAAAACUGAAGAUGGGGGUUUGGGUCAGUACUGAUGUGUAUUAGACUCGAGUCCUCACCCUGUGUCCUGAGCCUGAGUCCUUUUUCUUCUUCUAAUUGUCCUGCCCCCACACACUUUCCCUAGAGAAGACAACAUGUGACCAGACAGUCCCAGCCCCACCUAAAGAUCAUCCCACCAACAAUACCAGACUUGGGGGCCCAAGGGCAGUGCCUGGUGCAGCUCCCAUCUGCUGUCCCCCCACACCCCACCCCUUCUCUCCUGCAAUUGGUUUGUACUCAUUGGGCUGUGCUCUCUCUUCCCUGUUUACCUGAUGUAUGGAAAUAAACCUCCUUCUCCUCCUGGC